AUAAACACAUUUUAGGAGCCCAACAUCCAACCUCCGGUAAGGGCGGGGUGAUGUCGUGACUCCUCCCAGUAUUGUGCAACAAAUUUAGGGUAGAAUUUCUGAAUCCCGGUCAUUUGUUGUUCGGACCAGUAACAACGCCAUGGAUCCAUCGUCAGUUCAGUCCACUUCUAAGUGUAAUUCUGACUUUAGCAUUGAAAGAAUCUUGAGUGAUGAUUCAAAAAAUAAAGAAGACAAGAAAGUUCCGGAUUGGUUAUGCUGUACCCGGUAUAGACCACCGCGUUUGCCACGUGCCGUGAACAGUGGUUGCAGGUCACGUAGAUCAGGACGUCACGCGCGGGUCCCCUUCACAGCGACGCAGGCGGCCGCGCUGGAGGCCGCAUACUCUCGCGCUGCGUACCUCGCACCACCGGCACUGAGGGCUCUCGCUGCGGCCUUACAGCUACGCGACGACAGGAUUAAAAUCUGGUUCCAAAAUCGUCGUGCUCGUGAACGCAGAGAGAAGUGUGCGAACAUUAGGCCACCAGUCGCUGUCACACUACCACCUACGUCUACAUCUCGAACCGGCCUUAUAAACAAUUCGGUAUGGUUUCAACAACAUAACUUUGGAGUAUCCUCAACGAAAGCUUUAAUGAUGGCACAAAAUGAGGCAAAUGUAACUAGAAAUAUAAUUAUAGAAGCAAAUGGAAUGUUAACGUGUGGAACAGACUCGGAGUCUUUUGGCGAAAUUGAAAAAUCGGAAUCUCCAUUAGAUGUCGAAACUGUGGAACAUUGAGAUGAUAACUAUUCGUGUGCUGAUGUGAACUAGAAUAAUAUGAACAUUGAGUGACCUAUUAGUGUGUAUAACCACUUUUGUCUGUGAAUUAAUAUGGGCACGACAGGGUACGAUAAUAUUUAUAAACAAAAAAGAAACAUUACCUCAUAAUGUAUUUUAGUAGUAAAAAUUUAGACUAAAUGUAUAAUUUAAAGAUGUUUGUUCUUAGAAAUAAACGAUUAAAUCCUGUGAUAU